CGCCAGUUGCGUUUGAAUGAAAGGAAAGAGCUGUGAUUUGAAUGCGUCGCGCGUUUGUGUUUUACGUUCUUGUUCAACUCAUCAUCCGCCUCCGAAAUUCAAUUCCUGUCCAGUGUUGGAACGGUUAAUCUGGCAUUCCAAGCGUCCUCUUUUCCAGAUUGUGGUUGCCUGGCACCUUACGCGAGACCACUGUGGAAGCCACAGUGAACAGCAGUGGAAGAAGGCAAGCGGGGUAAUUUAUGCACACAUGUGCCUGCUAGCUCCUCUGAUGACAGGCCCGGGAGGAGGGGCACAUGAUGAAUGGCUUUCCAUCGGGGACCUCCUCACAGCCACCAUGAUGUCUCCUGCAUUGGACAUGAUUGGGAAGACAUUCCAGAUUUUCUUGGGGAAAAAUAUGGAGAAGUGGCAAGAAGAUUAGAUCUCAGCUUCAACCAACUGAGGUCACUGACAGCCCUGAAAGCGUUCAGCCAACUGGAAGAGCUGAUUGUGGACAACAAUCUUCUCGGAAAUGACCUCCGGUUGCCCAGGUUACCACGGCUCCAUACCCUGACGCUCAAUAAGAACCAAUUCACCGACAUCGAGGCCCUGCUGGAGCAUUUGGCGGAAGUGACGCCAGCGCUGGAGUACCUGAGCCUUCUGGGAAACGAGGCCUGUCCCAACCAGCUGGUCAGCAUGGAUAAAGAUGAAGACGACUAUCAGAGAUACAGAUACUUUGUACUACAUAAACUGACAAAUCUGAAGUUCCUGGACACCAGGAAAGUGACCCAGUGGGAGCGGUCAGAGGCUGAAGCACGUGGAGCUUUCAUGAAGGUGGUCAAGCCGAAAAAUGACCAAGACGCCGCCAGUGAUUUGAGAUCCGAAUCCGGUGCUACGCCAUACACCCCGCUGCCACGAGGAUCCAAAGAUGCCCGAAACCACAAAGGGGUUUUCACCAAGUGCCGUUAUGUCUACUACGGCAAGCACUCAGAGGGCAAUCGAUUCAUCCGCAAUGACCAGCUCUGACUGACAGACGGGUCAGUGGACAGACACGCGAGGGGGCUUUACAAAGAUAUCCAGCCCAUAUUAUUAUAAAUAUACAUGUUGCCACACGCAUUUUAAGCAGCCAAACACAGCCCUCUAGUGCCGUCUGCUGAGUGUGCCUUCCCUGCCACCUCCCAUCGCUCUCGCUCCGUCUGAGCAGUGCCAUCCAGAUUGACAUGAUUGCCUUUAAGCAGCCCCGCUAUGCCACGGUGACAGACACGAACGCGGCCGAGCGCUCGUCCUGACAGCCGCGGCUCCAUGAUGGAUUGCCUGGUCCAACUGCUGCUCUCCCCAGGUCAAAGGUCCCACCUGAGGCUUCGGGCUGCCCACACGGACGCCUAGGAUGAGCUCCUCUCAAAGUCAAAGCUAAAGUUAAAGAGAAAGAUCAGGGGGAAGUGGCGCUUUUGUCGGAGUUCUACACUUUAGCCGUCAUUAAAACUAAAGCUUAUUACAUGGUUUUGUAACCAUGUCAUUUUCCGUACGUUACUGUAGGCGGAAUGUCAGUUUGAGUCAUUGGAGGGUUGUGUUCACUUCUCCAAAUAGUUAAAAAGGCUAAUAAAUUUAAACAAUCACAAGUUUAAAUUUAUUAGCGUUUUUUAACUUUAGGCAUGUCAGGCAAGUGCUCAUCAUCAAUUGGCACAAGGGCUUUUUUUCCAAGUAUACAAAGAAAGGUUAUUUUAAAAUUAUUAGCUGUUUUUUUUAAAGAUGUUUACUUUCAUAUUUAAUCUAUGUUAUUAUGUUUUAAUGAUCCAAAGCUUUAUUGGAUGUUUUCAGCACGAGUCCUCACAGAAAUGCAGCUGCGAGGCCCUCACAGGCUCUUGCCUCUGUGGCAUGUGUAUGUUUGCGUGUUUGUGAGGUGCAUGUGCAUGUCGUGUGUGAAGUUUGUGUGUUGCGGGGGCAGUUGUUGCAGUGCCGGAGCCUGGAGGAGCUGUGAAAGAAAGAGGUAAUGAGCUUUGCUUUAUUUCAUUCUUUCUCUGGAGGGAGAGAGCAAAGAAAGACAGCAGCUCUGGCAGUGAAAAUGGAGGAGGUGGAUGUAUGUUUGCGUGAGGGGGGGAGUCAACAACUUUCUCCAGUCUUUUUGAUUGUUUCCUCAUGCGUUUUUUUGGACCUAUUCGCAUUAUUUUAAUGAUUUCUUUUCUUUGUAUGUUUUGAAAAAUCAAUUAAAAAAUCCAUGGGGGCUUUUGCUGUGCUUUGGAAACAGAGUUUACUAGCCGUGGCCAAAAAGUUGGGCAAAUAUUUGAAACAUCAACUCCAUUAGGUACAGUGAGGGUGAUUACUGUUUUAUGUGCAUCCAAUUUGUUUUGCCUCGUGUUGUUACUUUUUUCUCCUUUUUUGUUUUUACAAUAUUACAUUCCAUAUUUAAAGUUAAGUUAUGCACUGAAGUCUGUGUAAGACUAGCCAAAGAUACACUGCAAAUAAAAUAAUUCCAUAUUUUAAACAAGAAAUGCAAAAGAUUUCAACUUGUUUCAUAGAUUUCGAAUGAACUGGGAUUUGAGAUUAGUUUGACUGUUGUAUGAAUCUUUUUAUAUGAGUAGUUGACAUGUAAAAGUGUCCUUUACUGUGACAUGCUCCGUCUAAAACUAAUGAAAAUUUGUUUUUGAAUUAUAAAAUUAUUAUUAUACCAGAGGUUGCGUUAAACUUUAACAUUGUCCGUCAUUUU